AUGUUCCCUGCGAAGGUUAUUCGGAUCAUUCUGGUUUUUUGUGAGGCCACAGAUAUACGUGGCCUUUGGGAGAAGCACAAGAAUGCAAUGGGUGCCAAUACAGCCGCUGUGGAGCAACAUGUGCUAAGAGACAUACGAGAUAUGGUCCACUCAAUGGGGAAGGAUUUCAGAACUUAUGGUCUUCCUAAUGUGAAUGAUGCAGGUGAAUUUUCCAAUGACAUGAUGCGAUAUGUUAGAGAGGAACAAAAUGUCAGAGUAGACCAAUAUAAGUCACUUAACAAGGAGCAACGUGCAGGAUUUGAUGAAAUCAUGCAUCAUGUCAAAGAUAGAAAAAGCCAAAUAUUUUUCAUAGAUGGUCCAGGAGGCACGGGGAAGACAUUCCUUUACAAGGCAUUUCCUGCAAAAGUGAGAUCAGAAGGUUUGAUAGCUAUUGCAACUGCCACUUUAGGUAUAGCAACGUCUUUAUUGCCCGGAGGCCGCACUGCACACUCAAGGUUUAAAAUCCCAAUUAAACUUGGAGACCAUUCCAUGUGCAACUUCACAAAGCAGAGUGGCACCGCAGAGUUGCUUCGCAUGGCAUCCUUGAUUAUAUGGGAUGAAGCUGCAAUGACAAAACAUCAAGCAGUUGAGACACUUGAUAGGUCCCUACAAGAUAUUAUGGAUUCUACUUUGCCAUUUGGAGUAAAGGUUAUGGUAUUUGGUGGAGAUUUUAGGCAAGUCCUUCCUGUCAUGACACGUGGUUCAAGAGUGCAGAUAACCGAUGCUACAUUGCAAAGAUCUUAUUUGUGGGAAAAUAUAAGAAAGAUUCGGUUGUCACAAAACAUGAGGGCACAGUCUGACCCAUGGUUUUCUGAAUACCUGCUUCGAAUUGGAAAUGGAACUGAGGAAACCAUUGGAGAUGAUUACAUUCGCCUCCCUAAUGAUAUUGUGAUUGGUUAUACAGACACAGAUGUGGUACUUCAAACAUUAAUUCAACAUGUUUUCCCAUCACUCGAAGAAAAUGCAACAUCAACAACUUAUAUGAGCACGCGUGCAAUUCUUUCAACAAAAAAUGAGCAUGUCGAUAAGUUGAAUGCAAUGAUGAUUGAUAACUUCCCAGGGGUGGAAACUGUUUUCCACAGCUUCGACUCUGUAGAUGAUGAUUCACAUAAUCACUACCCAAUUGACUUUUUGAACUCAAUCACUCCAAAUGGCCUCCCCCCACACGAAUUGAAGCUCAAAAUCAACUGUCUUGUGAUCCUUCUUCGCAGUCUUGAUCCAAACAACGGGUUGUGCAAUGGAACAAGACUUAUGGUGAGAGCACUGCAGCCCAAUGCAAUUGAUGCCCAAAUUGUUGGUGGACAACAUGUAGGGAAAAGGGUGUUCAUACUAAGAAUCCCUAUAUGUCCCUCCGAUGAUAUGUCACUUCCUUUCAAGUUCAAGAGAAAACAAUUCCCAUUACGCCUCAGUUUUGCCAUGACCAUAAAUAAAUCUCAGGGACAAACCAUCCCUAAUGUUGGAAUUUACCUUCCCGAGCCUGUGUUCUCACAUGGACAACUUUAUGUUGCAUUGUCAAGGGGUGUAUCAAGAGCUACUACAAGAAUUUUGGCUAAACCAAAAAAGGAAUUAGACCCCACUGGUAAGAGCACCAAAAAUAUAGUCUACAAGGACGUGCUCAACUGGUGA